AUGGCUGCUCUGUAUGUCUCUCUGCUACUGGCUGCUCUCUGCAUUGGCACAGCUGUGCCACUGAAGUGCUACACGUGUCCGGGUGCCACCAGCAACAUAUACUGCAUGACCCCAACCAACUGUAGUUCAACCGACACCUUCUGUCAGACUAUUGUUACUUCUAUGUUGGGUGAAACAACCAUUGGUAAAUACUGCACCGACAGGUGCUACCCAGGAAGCGACAGUACUGCCGGGCUCACCGGUAACAUUUCCUGCUGCAACACCGACCUGUGCAACGUCGAUGGGCCCUCAGAUGCGCCCACGCAGUGCUACACGUGUACAGCUGCCACCAGCAACGCCGACUGCCUGAGGCCAAAAAACUGUACUUCAGCUGAUGCCUACUGUCUGACUGAUGUUAGUACUGCUUCGGGUAAAACAACCAUUGAUAAAACCUGCUUCCCCAGCUGCACCCCAGGAAGCACCACUAUUCUUGGGCUCACCAUUACCACUUCCUGCUGCAACACCGACCUGUGCAAUGUCAGCGGCGCCCCUGGGGUAAAAUACAGUUACCCUGCGCUGGGGCUGCCCCUCGGGUUCCUAUUGGUCCUGCUGAGAGGCUCCGUCCUGUGAUGCCCCCAAGCUGCGGGCAGAUAUGAGCAUUAUUGCCCUGUGUAUCCCGCUGAUAUUAAUAAACAUAAUAUGGGGUAAAA